CCCCAGCUCCUCUGCCGCUGCCGCCAUGCUCGACUUCUUCACCAUUUUCUCCAAGGGCGGGCUUGUGCUCUGGUGCUUCCAGGGCGUUAGCGACUCAUGCACCGGACCCGUUAACGCGUUGAUUCGUUCCGUGCUGCUGCAGGAACGGGGAGGUAACAACUCCUUCACCCAUGAGGCACUCACACUCAAGUAUAAACUGGACAACCAGUUUGAGCUGGUGUUUGUGGUUGGUUUUCAGAAGAUCCUGACACUGACAUAUGUAGACAAAUUGAUAGAUGACGUGCAUCGGCUGUUUCGGGACAAGUACCGCACAGAGAUCCAACAGCAAAGUGCUUUAAGUUUAUUAAAUGGCACUUUUGAUUUCCAAAAUGACUUCCUGCGGCUCCUUCGUGAAGCAGAGGAGAGCAGUAAGAUCCGUGCUCCCACUACCAUGAAGAAAUUUGAAGAUUCUGAAAAGGCCAAGAAACCUGUGAGGUCCAUGAUUGAGACACGGGGGGAAAAGCCCAAGGAAAAAGCAAAGAAUAGCAAAAAAAAGGGGGCCAAGAAGGAAGGUUCUGAUGGUCCUUUGGCUACCAGCAAACCAGUCCCUGCAGAAAAGUCAGGUCUUCCAGUGGGUCCUGAGAACGGAGUAGAACUUUCCAAAGAGGAGCUGAUCCGCAGGAAGCGCGAGGAGUUCAUUCAAAAGCAUGGGAGGGGUAUGGAGAAGUCCAACAAGUCCAUGAAGUCAGAUGCUCCAAAGGAGAAGGGCAAAAAAGCACCCCGGGUGUGGGAACUGGGUGGCUGUGCUAACAAAGAAGUGUUGGAUUACAGUACUCCCACCACCAAUGGAACCCCUGAGGCUGCCUUGUCUGAGGACAUCAACCUGAUUCGAGGGACUGGGUCUGGGGGGCAGCUUCAGGAUCUGGACUGCAGCAGCUCCGAUGACGAAGGGGCUGCUCAAAACUCUACCAAACCUAGUGCGACCAAGGGAACACUGGGUGGCAUGUUUGGUAUGCUGAAGGGCCUUGUGGGUUCAAAGAGCUUGAGUCGUGAAGACAUGGAAUCUGUGCUGGACAAGAUGCGUGAUCAUCUCAUUGCUAAGAACGUGGCUGCAGACAUUGCCGUCCAGCUCUGUGAAUCUGUUGCCAACAAGUUGGAAGGGAAGGUGAUGGGGACGUUCAGCACGGUGACUUCCACAGUAAAGCAAGCCCUGCAGGAGUCCCUGGUGCAGAUUCUGCAGCCGCAGCGUCGUGUAGACAUGCUCCGGGACAUCAUGGAUGCCCAGCGUCGCCAGCGCCCUUAUGUCGUCACCUUCUGCGGCGUUAAUGGAGUGGGGAAAUCUACUAAUCUUGCCAAGAUUUCCUUCUGGUUGUUAGAGAAUGGCUUCAGUGUCCUCAUUGCUGCCUGUGAUACAUUUCGUGCUGGGGCCGUGGAGCAGCUGCGUACACACACCCGGCGUUUGAGUGCCCUACACCCUCCAGAGAAGCAUGGUGGCCGCACCAUGGUGCAAUUGUUUGAAAAGGGCUAUGGCAAGGAUGCUGCUGGCAUUGCCAUGGAAGCCAUUGCUUUUGCACGUAACCAAGGCUUUGACGUGGUGCUGGUGGACACGGCAGGCCGCAUGCAAGACAAUGCCCCUCUGAUGACUGCCCUGGCCAAACUCAUUACUGUCAAUACACCUGAUUUGGUGCUGUUUGUAGGAGAAGCCUUAGUAGGCAAUGAAGCCGUGGACCAGCUGGUCAAGUUCAACAGAGCCUUGGCUGACCAUUCUAUGGCUCAGACACCUCGGCUCAUUGAUGGCAUUGUUCUUACCAAAUUUGAUACCAUUGAUGACAAGGUAAACGUGAGACUGGAGGCUGGAAUGGGCGUCCUGCACAAAGGAGCUGAGGCUGCAAGGAAAUCUUGGCUCCAGCGCUUCCUGUUCCUGAGAGGAAACAGCGUCUUGCUUUAUUGCUCAGACUGUAGGGCAGUGAUGCAAUCAUAGCUCACUGCAGACUCCAACUCCUGGGCUCAAGUGAUCCUCCUGCCUCAACCUCCCAAGCAGCUGGACUACAGGUGUGUGCCACCACACCUGGCUAAUUUUUUGCAGAGACAGGUUCUCACUAUGUUGCUCACACUCAUCUUGAACUCCUGGCCUCAAGUGAUCCUCCCACCUGGGCCUCCCACAGUGUUGGGAUUACAGGACAAAUUACCUGUACUUUUGCCCUCCUAAGAUGCAUUCAGGUUGACAAUGAAAAUACUUACAUAAGUUUUCAGGAAAUAUUCUGUGCACAACAGCCAAGUCUUUUUGGAAUUAGAUGGAUGAGUCACACUAGCCAUACUCUGGAGCCUGGCAAUGUGAGGUUUUGAAAAAGCAUUCUUCAGUUUAGCUGAUACCAAAAAUGUUUGUGUUUUGUGCGGUUACUGGGAAUUUGCCUGCAGCCACUAAUCAGCUGAAUCUUUAAUCACCAUUUUGCUCUUUAUUGUUAGAAUGUGGAGGUAAAAUAUCAAGUGUAUGAUACCCCUAUCCUCUGACUUGCAUAUCACCAUUAUCUGUUUCCAAAUAGCAUUUCUAAAAGUUAGUUUUCUGUUUGUAUAUAAUAAUCAUCAUAGAAAAUGCCAAUACAGAAACCAAAAAAUCAACACUUUAAAUCCUACUAAAGAUAGCCACUUAAUUUAGUAAACAUUCCAGAUAUAUUUCUACACGCACCAAAGAAAAAAAAAAUGUACAAUUCUAUAUGAAUAUAGCUGACCAUGGUAUUUACAACCUGCUUUUUCUUCCUUUACUCAUAUGUCUCUAACUUUUUUUUUAUGGCAAUGAAAACAUUUUCCCUUCUAUGGUUUCAUUGUAUUUCAUCAAUUAAAUAAAUAUUGGCAUAUCUGUAGAAUCUCUACCAAUUUUAGGAUCCUUCCAAUUUUUUGCCACUACAUUCAAUGGAGAUUACAUUCCCACGCAUGCAUCUUUGUACAAUUGUGUGAUUGUGCAAUCAUCCAAUUAUCUCCUUAUGAGAAACUUCUUCUAGGAUAAAUUGUUUUGAUGGGAUUUCUAGGUCAAAGAUUUGAAAAUUUUUGUUACAUCUUCUAAUUUAUGGUCAUAAAAGUUGUACUAACUUUACCUUUCCACAAAUACUCCAUGAAUAAAUUUAUUUUCUCACAGCCUUAGCCAAAACUGAGUGAUCUUUCUUCGCUAUUUUGUAAUCUAAAUUCAAACUGCAUUUCAUUGAUAACUAGUGAGGCUGAACAUCUGUUUUCUUCAUUCUUCCUAUGUCUAUAUUGAACUGCUCAAGUAUUCCUUUUUGUCUGUCUUCCCAUAACCCAAAUGGCACUUUAGUCUAACCUGAAGACUGUGGCCUCCUUUACAAUUUGGUCAGUCAUUACAUUCCUCAUCUUGGCAACUAUUUUGCCCAUCACAUCACAAAUACACAAAGGGCUGAAGAGCUGUUGUUCUCUGAUUCCCCUCAGCUUCAAAAUGCAUCUUACCUGAUGUACCCCUUGUGGAGAUCUCACAUGUCAGUCGCUUGAAAUAUUCUGGAAGAUCGGCAUAGUCAUCUCCAUAGGAGAUGACUUUAAUCCCCUUGUCCAGCAUGUUUUCUCGAAGCUUUUUGAACUCAUCUACGUCUCCUCUCCGAACCAGCAUGAAAUGUUCUAGGUCAGAUUUAUGCUUGACAGCCUCCAAGAAAAGGGCCUGGAAAGUGGUGUCAUCCACAGUCCAGCCACAGCCCAGGAAAAGAAAUGACUUGUUUUCGUAGAGUUUCUGAAUUUCUCUCUGGAAGGAAGAGAUACAACAUAUUGACAUUGUGAAGACACACUCAAGGCAAGUCUGAAACAAGAAGGUCAUGCUACGUUGAGCAGACUGUGAUGACCAAUUAAGCAAGACUUAAGUGGGUUGGUAUGUCCCAUCAAGGAGUGUGAUCUCUUGCUUAUUGCUGUAACUUGAUGAUUGGUCUAAAAUUUUAUCUUUACCUGCCAUUCUUCUGUAGGCUCUCUAAUCAGCGUUUCAUAGAGCUGGUGUCAGUGUACUGGUCCAGUAGUUUCCUUCUUUAUUUUUUAUGCUUUAUAUAUUUUUUGAGACGGAGUCUCACUCUGUCACCUGGGUUAGAGUGUAGUGGUGUGACCUCGGCUUACUGCAACCUCCACCACCCUGGUUCAAGUGACUCUCGUGCCUCAGCCUCCCGAGUAUAUUACAGGUGUGCACCACCACAUCCAGCUAAUUUUUGUAUGUUUAGUAGAGACGGGGUUUUGCCAUGUUGGCCAGGCUGGUCUGGUACUCCCGACCUCGAGUGAUCCACCCACCUUGGCCUCCCAAAGUGCUGGGAUUACAGGCGUGAGCCACUGCACCUGGCCAGUAGUUUACUUUUUUAUUUUUAUUUUAUUUUUGAGACAGAGUCUUGCUCUGCCACCUAGGCUGGAGUGCAGUGGCAUGGUCUUGGCUCACUGCAACCUCCUCUGCCUCCCAGGUUCAAGUGAUUCUCCUGCCUCAGACUCCCAAGUAGCUGGCAUUACAGGCACCUGCCACCACACCCAGCUAAUUUUCCUAUUUUUAGUAGAGACAGGGUUUCACCAUGUUGGCCAGGCUGGUCUUGAACUCCUGACCUCAUGCGAUCUGCCCACCUCGGCCUCCCAAAGUGCUGGGAUUACAGGCGUACUUUUUUAGAUUUAUGUGCCCAGAGGUCAUUGGGCAAAGAGUAGGUCUUCAUAUAUCUUAAUCCUUCCAUUUCUGGACCAUAUUUGCCUUUUUUUUGUCUCACAAACUGAACUUGUGAAUCACCAGAGAAGAUAAUUCCAUCAUCGGAUUUGCUCAAGGAAAGGCGUUUGAUACUUAGAACAUCAGUAUGUGUGUGUGUGUAUAUAUACACACACAAAAACACAGAAAUGACUGCCUAAGGGAUCACUCAAUGUCAGAGAUGGAUGCAGUUAUGGCAGAUGUUGGGAAAGAAUGGGUAAAAAGAAAAAAAAAGUCCCUUGUGCUUUAGACAAUACAUUUUCUCGGUCUUUUGCCUCAUUAUUUAAAGAUGCUAUAAUCUAUAUGACCCAGUCCUGAAAAUAGCAAAGAAGAUUCUUAGAGCUGGGGGGCAGUGAAUACUUCUGGUUUGAACAUGUUUAUCUGAACAAGUCGAAAAUGUACAUCCCAAAAGAUCAAUAAGCUUUUCACAAAAAGUAAGUGUGAAUAAAUGUGGUUAAUUCAAUAUAA